GAAAAAUGUAAUUGACAAAUUAAGCUGACGUAAAACGGUAUACAGAAUACAGUUCUGCAAAUAAAACAACAUUAAUGGAAGAUCACUCUUUAAUUGAAUGCUCACAUAUUGUUAACCGCUUCAUAGUAAUCUAUUCAUACUUGGAAAACUUUUUUCCUUCUCUUUAUGUUAGUUCUUUUUUCCCAUGUUGAGUUUUUGCUAGUUACGUUUUGGGAACAAAAAAGGAUAAAUGAAAUGUAUUGUUAAACUGAUACAACUUCAAAACAUCUGACUUUCAUUUAAAAGCCCUUCCAAUAUAUUUGGAAGAAUAUGGGGUCUAUGAGGUUAUUUCCUACUCAUUCCAGGAAAUUAACUGGUUUAAAGUGGAAUACAUAAUAUGGUUAUUUUGUUAUAUGCUGGUGUACUGACUUGUCUAUUACUGACAUGUUUAUUAUCCGAUGACAGUUUUUUCUUUUGGUAAUGGUUGUUGUGUUAUUUAAGUUUGCUCAAUCUUUGUUUUUUGUUGUUUAGAAAUAUGUCAAUUGUCCCUUUUAGAAUGUCUUUGUAUAAAAGGUAAUCAUUUUUUUAAAAUGCUCUGAUGAUGCAAAUGUAUGUUCAUAAAACCCAAUCAAAAAACACCUAGCAAGAAUUCAGAAACAUGUUUUGCCCGACGAACACCUUCUUAUCACACAUUUCUCUCCUGUCAUCCAUGCAAUUUUUGCCUCAUAUGACCUCCAUCCCCAUCUUUUGUACCCCAUUUUGCAGUAGCCUCUUUUUCCCAGCGCUUUAUUCUCUCCCUCUCUCUGUCCUGUUCCCCUCAGUUUCCCAGCAGCUCACAGUGAAUUAUCUCACCCACUGCUCCCUCUUUGUGUCCAUGAUUUCUCUCCAUGUUCGUCCCUUCAAACCUUUCUGUCCAUCUCUCACUUGCUGAGAACUGAUCUGAUGCCUCAUGUGUCAGAGUGGAGCCAGUAAUGCAACAUCCAAUCUCUCGCUGUUUAGCAGAGCUGUGGACGGUGGGAUCACUGGACCUAGUUGGUUUCCCCCCCUACCCUCUCUUUCUCUCUCCCUCUCUCUCCCUCUCUCUCCCUCUCACUUGCUCCUCAUCUCUCUGUUCACUUUCAAUUAUUUCUGUGUAUGGGCAAGAAGGGCUAACAUGGACUCUUUGGGUCUUUGUAUCCUUCUUAUGCUUCUGUGUUUCCAGUGGACGACGGCCCCGGCUGCUGAGGAAAUUACCUGGACCUACACUGGCUUGGUGGGUCAGACCGAGUGGUCGGAGUACUUCCCAGACUGCGCUGGUAAUGCACAGUCCCCCGUUGAAGUGGUGACCACACAGACGAAAUAUGAUCCCAGUUUGUUACCUCUGACCCCUCUGGGCUACAGCCAGCACGGCAACAAGCCCUUCGCUAUGUACAACAAUGGACACACAGCGGUCAUUGAGCUGCCAGAGUGGAUGGGGCUGGGGGGGCUGCCCUGGCUCUACACAGCCGUGCAGAUGCACCUCCACUGGGGCAGCGGCGGCCCGAGUCACGGGGGCGGGGAACACACCGUCAACGGGAUGAGCGCAGAUGCAGAGCUCCAUGUGGUGCACUACAACUCUGAGCUCUACCCAAACAUGUCCAAAGCGAUGACGCAGAGCGACGGCCUGGCUGUUUUAGGGAUUCUCAUUGUGACAGGUGAGGAGACAAACCUGGCAUUUAACAACAUCCUCAACUACCUGGGUCGCAUCAGACACGCUGAUCAGAAGGUGUUCAUCCCAGCCUUUGACGUGCAGACCCUCCUCCCUGAGGAUCUUGGGAGAUACUUUCGCUACAACGGCUCCCUAACAACACCGCCAUGCCACCAGAGUGUGACCUGGACUCUGUUCAAUGAGAGGAUUCAAAUCUCUCCGGCACAGCUGCUGAAGCUGGAGACGAUACUUUACUCGAGUAAAGCUGAGGGUCCAGACAGGAUGCUGCUGCAGGACAACUACCGCACGACACAGCCGCUCAACCACAGGGUCGUCUUCGCCUCCUUCUCUGCAGAAUCAGGGAGGGAGCUCACUUCUGGUGAAGUCACAGCUAUAGUGAUAGGAGUGAUGUGUGGCUGUGUUGGUCUGUCAGUGAUCAUCCGCUUCAUCGUAAAGACGAUACGAUUUUUUACCCUCCUCCACCGUGAAUCAGUUGUGGUAAACAGCUCUACCUCUAGCUGGGACGUCCUUCCCAGUAGCCGGCCUGCUCCCAUGUCAAGGAUGAAGGAGCCAGAGGAGGAGAAAAAACAAGACAUGGCUCUGAACUCGACCUGUGAAGCAGGAAAGAAAGAAGAACCCUCACCUUCUCCACAGACGGAUCCAUAGCUCCACUUCAGGACUUCAGGCCAGAUACACGCACAACAUACUUUCAUCUUCCCUCUUGCCAAUGUUGUUAUCACUGAUCCAUGUUUGUUCUGGGGACAGAAAGCAGAAUCAGUCACAAAAGGCAAUAGGGAAACCUUUAUAUAGUAAACUGGACACAGGACUAAUCACCUGCUGCCCUGAUCACUUUUUUCCCCAUCUAAAUUUAGUGAUGUUGGCAGUUUUGGUAUCAGACUUUUUUUCCGUUUGCAUGUAAAUACAGUUUGCUGGCUCUCGGGAGUCUGUUUGCUCUUGCAAUGUCUGGGAUGCAUGAUUGGUUCAUAUAUAUACUGUAAUAUAUAUUUUGUUUUGUUGUGUUUGUUUCACGUUUGGCCGUUAUUUCAUUUUUCCUGCCUUGAAACACAAGCACACUGCACUGAAAGACAUGUAGUAGACUUAUUGAAUAUUUACCUGUGCUAUCAUACCCUAUAUUAUGUUAUUAUUUUAUUUUGCCCCUGGACUUGACACUAUCAAAUCAAAAGGUAUGAUGAAGGUUUUAAAGUGCGUUUUUAAGUAUAAAAUAAUGUUGUCCAAACAUUACGUCUCUGAACUCAACUGAGGGCAUUAUAUUGAAAAUGAAUAAGUUAUAUUUAUGUGUUGAGUCUAUUAGAACGUGUUUUUUUUAGCCAUUUAUUAUCUUUUUUUCUUCUCUUUUGUGUAUAUAACUGGUCAACGUGGGCACCUCAUUAAAAUACUUGAAUGGGAACCACACCUGCUUUGGUUUUGUCAUUACGUGUGUUGUUAUGAUCAUAUUUUCAAACAGUAAUAUUACAUUGGUGAAAUAUUGUACAGGAAGUCUACAAUGCAAUCUUAAAGAAAGACAGUAAUACAAAAAUAACCCCAUAAGUACUUGCCUUACCAACAUUGUUUAGAGAACCCCAAUUUGUGAACCUACUGUAUUAAACAAACUAUAAAUUGGCAUUAAACUUUGUUUCCUGCCUUCUUGCUGUUCAUGGCAGCAAGAAUGUCUUAAGAACUUUUUCUAAAUAGCUGUCUAUUUAGACAGACAGAAAUGUGUCAUUGGUUGUGCAAAUAUGAUUCAUAAAAACACAUCACCCAGAUAGGAAGCAUUAAAACACUUUUACAUAAAACACAGAACACCAUAGGAGCCACAUUAAAGCAGCAGUCGGUACUGGAUGGUGAGGUCUGGGUCAAUGUUAAAUUAAAGUGGCUUUUUCACUUAUUAAGAUACUUAAUAGCGACAAACAAGAAUAAUUUCUUUGAAAGAAGCUCUUCAAAUUUGGGAACACAUAAAAGCACAAGUGCGCAUAUACUUGAAUCCUGUAAGAUGUCGUUUUGACCAGGUAAAAUAAUAAUAGAGAAACAAUUUGACAGUAAUGUAGACAAAGCCCCUUUUACAGGAUUCACACAGCUGGCCUGUCGUGCCAGGAAACACAAAACGUAUGCCACUAAAUCUAUUCUUUGAGGAUUUCGGCAAGCUGUGAUUACACAAAUACUCCUGUACAUACAUAGGUAUAUCGGUCUCCAUUCUUGUUCUCAUUUCCUCAUCUUUUUCCUCAGUUCCCUGUGGUCUCCCUCCCUCUUUAAACCAUACCAUGUUUUCUGCUCUAAUCAAACAAUGAUGGUUUUGGUGGGUCAGCAUGCCCACACUUUUGUCUGUGAAUGUGUGUGAUACACUGUUUGUUGUGUUGUGUUAUCAGGUCACACAGAGCAGUGGCUCUUAAAUGUUUUGAUUUGCGACCCUUUACAUUGAAACCCUUCAGAGUUAUUGUACCCGUGGUGAGGUCCUAUAACAUGCCACUGACCUAGAAGUAAAUCAUAAGAAAAAUAUACAAUUUUAAAAAUGUAAUUCAUGACACUUGUCUACAAAAACACAAUAAAAGCCACAUUAAUACUAUAGGUACUCAAGGUGUGCACUCACUUAAGUGUAAUUAAAGAUAUUGAGGUAGCAAGCUGGCUUAGCACAUAGCAGUAGCUGUGUAGUAACAGCAGUGCUGAGGCACUUGGCACCAAAGAUAGCUCACUGGACCUUAAAAAGUAUUUAUGGCUGUAACACCAUCAUGCCUCCCCUUGCUCUAAAGCACAGCCGUGUGGACAUAUUUCAGUGAUGCACACACACAGUUGAGGCUCCUCCCUUUCAGACAGGAAGAGAAAUGAGGAAUUGAAACUGAACAACAGAAGAAAGGUCUUAUAUCAGGAGCUUCAAACUCACUGCUCACAGACACAUGUGUGCUGCCAAAACAAGGACUGCUGGGUAAUGGCUGCCCUCAGGAUUUUCCCCCUUCUCUCCGUCUGUCUCCUGCUGGUUCAUCAAGCCUUUGCCAUAAACGACGCUCCCUGCCAGCUCUCCAAAGGGAACUACGCCUUCAACAACUUCAAGAAGCGCCACAUUCCCUCUGGUACUCCUACUACUCUGGACCAGAACCAAUGGAUGAAUUUCAUCAAGAAUAACGGCGACUGUUCCAGACCCACCCAGUCCUUCCUGCACCCGAGCGACCUGGACAGGGUGAUGGCUGUGUGCACAUCCAAGGGGGGAGCCACGUACAAGGAGAACAUGUGCAUCAGCCGGCAGCGUUUCAGCUUUGUCACCGUGAGGAGCGAACCGGGGACGUGCGGCAUCAGGAGCGUCAUAGAGGAAACCAAACAUCUGAUCCUGGCCUGUAAUGAGCUGAGCAAUCAGUGCCUGCCGGUCCACUUUGAAGGAAACCCUCGAGAUUUAAAACCAAGUAACAACGCCAAAGGCUGCCAGGACCCACGCACUGGUGAUGCUCCCAGCUUCAAACUGACAUGGCUCUGCUUAUUAUCCGUUCUUCUGGUUAUCAUUUAUAACUGUCGAAAUUAACUUGAGAAACUAGAUAGGACAAUAGGUCUCCUGGACACAUUUGAGAACAUUUGAUUUGGAAAGUGUUUGGCUUUAAAAGAGUAUUUUAUAUGAAUCUCUAAAUUACCAAAAUAUCAACCAUAUUUUUGUAAUCAUUUCAUUCUUUUAAAUGUAUUUUUGUACCACUAUUAUAUGCUUGUGCCUAUCUGUAAGUUUGUAUCUCUGACGGAUAAUGAGGAGUUGGUGUUCUAAAGGCAUUUCAUUUUAUUCACAGCUAUAGUAUUAUGUAGAAGAGUAUGAAUAAAAUUGCUGUACAAAAGGGAUUUCAUUGUAUUUAAUGCACUGACGGUAUCUGUAACAGUUAGAAAAUGUACCCUGACCACAAAGCAUGUUAUGUACAUGCUUUGUACAUAUUUUACAUGUCAAAAUAGACAAAAAAGAAGAACAAGAGAAAACUAUAAAAUGUCUGACUUAAAUAAAUGUAAGACUGAACUUG